AUGGCUGACCCCAAACCAUUAUGUACACCGCCAGAGCUAAUGCUCAAGGUGAUACUGGCUGGGACCUUGAGCCACUAUGAAGCCCGGGGCAUGAUUGAUGACAAACGCUUGGAGCACAUGCUGGCUGCUGGAAAGCAAAUCCUGUACAAAACACACCAGGAGAGUGAAGUUCGGCACAACCUCGGUAUGUCUCCAGACAUCUGGCAGGGCCUUACAGAUGUCCUGACGAAGGCGAUUCCCGUCCUCGAGUCGCAGUCUUUCGCAUGGAAGAGCCCAUCCGCUACCUACGAACAUUCCUCUUCAAAUCUCAUAGCAUAUAAUUAUUUUUCGUUGGUGAAGGAUAUCGAACGUCUUAACGACCUGUGCACAAUUGCGCGGAAUUUGCUCGCCACGACGAAGAAGGCACAGAAUCUGGCAGCUGCGAAAGGCUUUGACCAAAGGAUUCUCGCCUUGAUUGAUACCUGUGUGCGAGUGACAGCUAGAGGGUUUGACGGCGAGACCAAUGCCCGCAACGAAGAACGUUGGCAGAAGGUGGUCAAUCUUUACAAGCGCCUGCUGAUAACCUGCCUCCAAUAUCUGCAUAAUUUCAUUAUGCACAAUGAGCAGCGAAAGAUGGUUCUUUGGUUAGAUCUUUUCGGGUAUCACUCUACGGCUGAUACAAAUAUUAUCAAACCCAAAGAUGCGUUGGACCCUACCGCUCGGGCCGAGGGGGUUGCGCCUGUUGUGAAGAUUGGAGAGCGUGUAAUUAACCCACCCAUCCGGGCAUUAUAUGACCAAACCGCCGAAGACUUGCUGCUGGAAACUAUCGCCAAGUUUCCGCGGGAGCCCUCUACAAUCAAGGAAGAAGCUGCUAUGCUACUCUUGGCAAACAUCAAGGACCACAUGGAGAAGAUCCUGGGGAGGGACUUAACUGAUAUUCAAGAGAUGGGACGAGAUCCAGAGCAAGUCAAAUAUAUACGCGCUGCGUUAACCUCAAUCCUGGGAGCGAAAGUAGAUGGAUGGUCUGAUCUUCAGGAUCGGGCCCGUGAAAUGCCACCUGCGCUGACGGAAGAAGACGAACAUGGGCCAACGAAAAAGAAGACUAUCCUAACUAUUGACCGCAGCAUGACCGCAGGAUUUCCACGUUUAUGCUGGGCUGAUUUGCCUGAGGUCGACGAUUAUUUGUUGGAUUGCCCUGUAUCAGAGGACGACACCAGCAUGCCUCGGUCGUCUCAAUCUGCAGCAGAGACUUUGCAGGAGGCCAAGGAUGAAUUGAUGGCGCGUCUUCAGGAGUCGUCCCACCUGGGCGACGGUGAUGCGGAUUACGAUACGGCCGAUGCAGGAACGGUGGGCGAUGAUGACUCUCACAGCCUGGAAGGCCACGCGGAUGGAAGCAUUGAAGGGGAUGAAGAGGAUGAGGGAGAUGAUGUUGACGGUCCUGAUGAUGGCCCAGAAGUGGACGAUGAAGAAGACGACGAUGACUACCGUGGCCGCCCCGGCGAUCAACAGCGGGGCCUUUUGACCGACAUCCCUCUUGUCCUCGGCCCUGCUGAAAUUGAAGCACUGCCCAUGAUUGUUCAAGCAGGAAUCGUGGAUAGCUUUGGACUCAAGGGCGGGGAAAGAAAUGGUUCGCGAAACAUGCAGGCUCUCCGCUGCCACAUUCUUCUUGCGCAGGAGACUGGUCGCAACUUGCUCCGUGAGCUUCUGAUCUUCAUCGCAGCCUGGGACCUUCCAGAUGACGAGCUCUAUUUCAAAAUGAUGGUCCAGAUCAUGGAAGCUGUACUCCGAAACGGGCUUAUGUCAGCUGCUUACUCUGACUUUGGUCAGCCUAAAGAUAUCAUCUCGCCAGCCCAGGCAGUAGUGAUCAAGAUUCUCACGCACAUCUUCCGUGCCAAAUACUCCCCGGCCUCGGUGACAGGCUCAUCUCAAAAUAGCACUCCUCGAACCCCAUCACCGCUCAGCCGGGUUGAUAUUCUCACGGUCCGAUACAUUUUUACCAUCUUCCGCGGUAAUAUUAUCCCAGAAACAUGUGCUCUGAUCUAUCUGCAAGGCCAGAUCCGCGCGGACCGUGCCCUUCCGGAAGACUUCCCUCUCAACUUGUGGGAUAUGGAACGGGUUUACGAGGGAGUCUAUCAGUUCCUGGAAUUCUUCGCCGUUCUUACCGAGAACAACGACUGGAAGAAUCUGUUGGUGAAAUGGGAGAUUGUCUAUGACUUAGUAACCUUGAUCAAGGAGCUAGAGGCCAGCAUCCCCAAGGGUCAACUCAACUCUCUAUCCUAUGGUUCAGUUCCUCCCCCUCCACCACCCCCACCUCGUAGCACCUCACCAGACGACCAGUCACCUUCAUCACCGGCACCCGUUGCCGUUGAGCGUCCUUAUGACCCAAGUGACCCAGACCCGAUUGACAAUGUUGCUGGCAGCGUCGACUCACGCCCGGAAUCCCCUCCAAUCACCGAAGAUCCCUCGGAAUUCGAAUGGCGGAACCUCAAGAAAUUGGUUGUCUUGGUCCUUUCUUCCUUGGUCUGGAAGUGCCCCGAGGUCCAGGAACAGAUUCGUCGCUACGGUGGUGUCGAGGCCAUCCUAUCGUGUACCAACUUUGACACCAAUAAUCUUUACAUCAAGGAGCAUGCUGUCAUGUGCUUGAAAUUCUUGUUAGAAGGCAACCGUGAGAAUCAGCGUCUGGUGGAGGAGUUGGAAGCUCGGGAAGUUGUCAGCAAUGAUGGUGGCAUUCUGGAGAAGAAUGGCUAUGAGGCUAUGAUCAACCAGGCCGGUAAACUUGCACUUCGGCCUAAAGAGAACAACUAG